GAGUAGGCUUGGGGUGGGGAAGAUCUCUUAUCUCUUGAUAAAAAGGUAAUCUCUCUUAUAUCUCUUAUCUCUUGAUAAGAGAGGUAAAUUUUACAGUCGCUCUUUUUAUUUUCUGACUACUUCUUUACUGUGCACGGCCUCUCUAUUUUUAACCUGCUGCAUUCGUGAUUUGUUUUCCUGAAGCCUUAUGACCUCCGUGAUAUUUUGACUUCGGAGUAUUUAAGAAACAGCAUUGUAGGCAUCUUGCAUAGUUGUGCGUGACUAUUGUUGGUUGUUGCCAGCUGAACAGUGCUUGUUUUCUUGGCUGCUUCUUGCAUUCUCACCUUUCAGUAGAUAAGAGAAGAGCCCCCUUAGACUCUCUGUAUCCACUCUCUUGUCUAUUUACAGGCAUACACAGCAACUGUAUUUAUUAGCAAGUUCUUGGAAGUGGAAUCCUCUAGAAUAGAAAUCACGGCGCUGCCCCCAGCUUGCAGUGUGUCUAGGGAAAGGUUCGGUAUAAAUGAAGCUGUUGCCAUGUUUCAGCCUAUCAGUGCAUUGAGGCAGCAUAAUCGGCAUCUUUGAUACUCCUGUAGUUUUGCUGGUUUCUCCCAGGAACAUAUGGCUUAGCAGAAAUGCAGCUAUUUUUAUCACUUCGUGUUAGUCCAGAUUUUUUUUCGCAUUGGCUUUGUGUUCACAGUGAGUUUGCUGAGAUAAAGAUAAAUAAAACUGAAUAUUUUAGUGUCCGUUCAGUCUUGCAUCCCUGCAAGUGCUAGGUACAACAGAAGGUGGAACAGUGAACUCAGAGCUCAGUUAAGGGCAGUAUACCUCUCUAAAACUUGCUGUGAUUGUUUACAAAGUACUUUUUUCUUAUUACUUUUUUUUUUUUUUUUUUUUUGAGAAAAAGGCCAUGGUAAAGAGGCAGGAAUGGUUAGGGACACAUUCUUUAGGCACAUAAAGGGCACAUAGUUGGCCAUCACCUCAAUUUGUCCAUAACAGAUCUGUGGAGAGUGAUUAUUGAAGCUCAAAAUUACUCUGGAAUGGUUGUAAUGCCUUGAACUAGGAAACACACUGAAGAAAUCUUGCUUUGCAGCUUCCAAUCACCUUUGGUUCAAAUAUGCGUAAUUAGCUUUUCUUCAUGUAUAUGGUGGCUGGAUGUGGUUUGUCUUUUUGUUCUGUUUCCUGAUAUCCCCUAAAGGGCUGUAGACGUUGCUGAGUUGACUAGGUAUCCGUCCAUACUGGGAGGGUAGACAUCUUAGAAGUACACAAAUAACUGCAUGAAUGUUGGUGUCCUGUCUUGAAUUGGAUGCUGUCCCAGCGGCUGUGCUAUCCUCUGGAUCGGGUGUUUGCAUGCUCAGGGUGUGCAGGUGGAAGUUUGAGUGGGCAGAGAAACUAAAGCCUAGUGAUGGAAUGAGUUUAAGGGUUGCUUCUGUGGGGUGGAAGGGGAAGGAGUAUUUUUUUUUUUAUUAUUUUUUUAAAGUCACUUCUGUUGAGACUUGACUCUUUUUCAGGCCUCUGAGUAGCCUUUGAGAUCUUUACUUGAGUAACUCCAGGGCAAUUUCUGAGACACCAAAACCACCCCCGAAACCAAACCAACCAACCAAACCCCCCACCUUCUCCUUGGAGCAGCUUCAGAAAAGGUAGUUACAACUUUGGUCAGAAAGGUAGAGGGAUGUUGGGAGUUAAACUCUGAAGAAGAAGCAGUCUGAGGACUACAGUCAUCAGGUUGUAGGAGUCUGCCAGGACCUUAUGCUGUCGGCAUUGCUAUUGAAUGUCCUUCCAUUGCUACUUUAUCAGUUUUCUACCUGUUGCAGAGAGCCCUCUGUAUGUGCAGCCUGAUCUGAAGUAGCUGGUUGCCUCUUCGGGCUGUGUGAGCACAGGUGGCGGACUUCAGCUGCGAAGCGCUUGGACACCUGUGGUGGAGGCUGGGGGCUUAAACCAUAUGUCCUUUGAUCCUGCCAGCAACAGCAAAUCUCUGCAGUUCAGCAGCACAAGUGGUGCACGGGUGUUGGAAAGCCCAACUGAGAAUGGAAAUGAUCCGGGCAAGAAGAGGAAGAGAACAAACGUUCCUCCAGAUAGUGGCAGAAAUCUAAGCCUAGACUCCAUUCCAAUGGGUUUGCCAAUGUCAGACCCAACUGCCUGGGCCACUGCGAUGAACAAUCUAGGGAUGGCUCCCAUGGGAAUGACAGGACAGCCCCUCCUGCCUGAUUUUGAUCCUGCUCUUGGGAUGAUGACUGGAAUCCCUCCAAUCAACCCCAUGAUGCCAGGCUUGGGGAUAGUCCCUCCUCCCAUUCCUCCAGAUAUGCCUGCUGUGAAGGAGAUCAUUCACUGCAAAAGCUGCACUCUCUUCCCACCUAACCCACAUCUGCCCCCUCCAGCAACAAGAGAGAGGCCCCCAGGCUGUAAGACUGUGUUUGUUGGAGGACUGCCAGAAAACGGGACUGAGCAGAUCAUUAUGGAAGUGUUUGAACAGUGUGGAGAAGUCAUAGCUAUUCGGAAGAGUAAGAAGAAUUUCUGUCAUAUCCGCUUUGCUGAGGAAUUCAUGGUGGACAAGGCACUUUAUCUUUCUGGCUAUCGCAUCAGGCUGGGCUCCAGCACUGACAAGAAGGACACUGGGCGCCUGCAUGUGGAUUUUGCACAGGCUCGGGAUGAUCUGUAUGAGUGGGAAUGUAAGCAGCGGAUGCUGGCAAGAGAGGAGCGCCAUCGUAGGAGGCUGGAAGAGGAACGCUUCCGUCCACCCUCCCCACCUCCUGUUGUCCACUACUCUGACCACGAGUGCAGCAUCAUUGCUGAGAAACUAAAAGAUGACACAAAGUUCUCAGAAGCUGUACAGACCUUGCUAACCUGGAUAGAGCGUGGAGAAGUGAACAGAAGGACUGCGAACAACUUCUACUCUAUGAUUCAGUCGGCCAACAGCCACAUUCGCAGACUGGUAAAUGAGAAGGCAGCUCACGAGAAGGAGAUGGAAGAAGCUAAAGAGAAAUUCAAACUUGCUCUCUCAGGGAUUCUGGUUCAGUUCGAGCAGAUAGUGGCCGUGUACCAUUCUGCCUCCAAACAAAAGGCUUGGGACCAUUUCACGAAAGCUCAGCGUAAGAACAUCAGCGUGUGGUGCAAACAAGCAGAGGAAAUUCGUAACAUUCAUAAUGAUGAACUAAUGGGUAUUCGAAGAGAGGAGGAAAUGGAAAUGUCUGAUGAAGAAAUAGAAGAUCCAUCAGAGAUGAAAGAAACAGAAGAAUCAGCACUGGUGUCACAGGUGGAAGCCCUAAAAGAAGAAAAUGACAGUCUGCGCUGGCAGCUGGAUGCCUACCGGAAUGAGGUGGAACUGCUAAAGCAGGAGCAUGGCAAAGCAAGCAGGGAUGAAGACACAACCAAAGAACAGCAGCUGAAACUUCUCCAGCAGGCUCUGCAGGGAAUGCAGCAGCAUCUUUUGAAAGUACAAGAUGAAUACAAAAAGAGAGAAGCUGAACUAGAAAAAGUGAGAGAAGACAAACUAAAGAUAGAAACAUUGCUAGAAACCCUUAAGGAGCAGCAAAGCAUAGCUGAUGAAGAGGACAAGGAGAGAGAUGCUAUUGAUGGCCAAGGGAAUGAGAGCAGUAUGUCCAGAGUUUGUGCAUGCAGUCAGGAGAAGGAAGGUCCAGUUGAGAAGACACUGAACAAUAGUCCUGUGAAAUCUGAACGAGAAGCUCUGUUAGUUGGAAUAAUUUCAACAUUUCUUCAUGUGCACCCAUUUGGAGCAAGCAUAGAGUACAUCUGUUCCUACCUGCAGCGCCUGGACAGCAAAAUUUGCACCACCGAAGUGGAGGUUCUCAUGACCAGACUUCAAACUACGUUCAAACAGGAGCUGAGUGGGGUUGGGGCCAGUUUAGAGAAAAAAUGGAAGUUUUGUGGUUUUGAUGGGUUGAAAAUGACUUGAGCUUCAGUUGAACUGACUUAACACUGAAAACAACAGCAGGAUGUGUGUGUCAAGAAAACUUAGGAUGCCUCUUACCUCUGUUUAUGACGAUUAUCUUGCACGCAUGGGAUAAUAUGUAAGUGAAAUUUUAAGUCCAGAGUAGCUCCAGAAGAAACCUGAAGUGCUGGAGCUUCUUUGAUCAGUUAUUUUGUUAAGAAGCAAAGUGCUGUUUGAUACACUUUGUGUACAAAGUUCGUCUGAUAUUUUUAAGCCCAUUGUGUUGACCAUAUGUUUUGCCAAUGUUGUAUGUGUUUUGUGUGCCUAAAUCUCUCAUCCUGUACCUUCUUUUUACUGGUAGGAACAGCCAUAGACUGUCCACUGAAGCACCAACAAAAAAUAAUUUUCUGGUUUCCAGAACCACCCAGAGGGAAAAAAUGACAUUUUUUUAGACAUUUAUAUGACAAAAAAAAUGAGGUAUGUUUAAACAGAAGAUGACUUGGUUCAGAGUCUCUAUGAGCCUAACAGUCAGAUCUUUUUCAUGCUCUUUUCUCUACUGAAGAUUUAACUGUUAAGCUAAUUUGAAGGCAGUGUCACUAGGAGUGCGAUUGUGGUGGUUUCUCUGAGGGUUUGUGCAUUGCAGAACCAGUCUGCGAAUAAUUUUCAAUGUAGGAGGUGUAUUUAAUUUUCUACUGAUCUGGGUAGAACAAAGGGCCUAUGUCAGACCUGUAUUUUUCUAACAGCUUACCAUCAAAUUUCUCCAUCCAGUUCAUUUUUGAGAUUGAGCUUCAGAAAGUGCUAUAAAACAGCACAGACUUCUCUCCUCCUGAAUCUUCCCCAAGGCUGUACCUUAUAUUCUCAGUAAACAUCAGGCUCCCCAGCCCUCUACAGAAGGUUGGUAAGAUAUAGGGUAAAAUGCUUUAAAAAAAAGAAUCUAAAACCAACCAAACAAACCAUAUUCUGUCAUCAGAGAGAGCUCUGGCAGUGGAUGCCUCCUGGAGCUUUAGAACCUAGUGAGAGAUCUGUAUGUAGCUCAUUUUGGCACAGGCAGCAGAAAUGGAUGGAACAAACCUUUCUGUUGGAACCAGGCUUCCCAUGGGUGUUGGGGGGGAACUACCUGCUCACUUUUGUUCCUGACACUGAAGGACUGCUACACUGGAAGCAUAUGAAAACCCUUUUUAAUAAUUCUGAAUAUUUCUGUCACUACAGGUAAACAUUGUAUUUUUAAGGAAUAAACAUUUUUAAUGUUCA